AUGGCAACAAGAGAUGUCGUGUCCUUUAGUGGUGGAGCGAGAUACAGUGUCACAACAGGAAGAGGGGAUGGGCUUGUGUCUCUUGCACAAAACGCUUUAACAGUCCCACCUCCUACUUCAUCAGUAUCAAGUGUCAUUCGAGCUUUUGCUCUCAAAAGAUUCACAGCCACCGACAUGAUCUAUCUCCUUGGUGGUCACACUAUCGGAAUCGCUCAUUGUGCACUGUUUAAAGACCGUCUUUACAAUUACAAGAACACUGGAAAACCAGACCCGUCCAUGGAUUUAUCGCUUCAAAUUAUUAUGGGUAGAGGAGUUCUUCAAUUUGAUCAAGAUUUGGCAUCAGACCGCCUCAGCAAGUCCACGGUUGCAGCCAUUGCGCGCUCCUCCGAUUUCAAUGCCUGGUUUGGUCAGGCCAUGUUUAAGUUGGGUGCCACCCAAGUUCUUACAGGGAAGCAAUGGCAGAUUAGGAAAUCAUGCCGAGCCGUCAACCUGCCAACUUUAACUUCUUUAUUUAAUUGA